AUGGAUAAAGAAGCAUUAGAGAAAUUAAAACCUCAAGUUAACAUUAGAUUUAGUAUACAUGGACCGAUUUUAGAACCACAAAGAAACUCAACCUAUUAUUUUUUAGAACCAGAACAAGGCCGAGUAUUAAAAGAUCCAAUGAUGGAUAAUGAAUAUACCUGCCUCUGUGGACCAAGAUCUUCUGGUAAAACCACAACAGUGGUUAGAGCCACCGAAUUGGUUUAUGAGCUUGAUGGUCACUCAUCAAUAUAUUUUAAUUUAGAAGGUAGAAUUGUUGUUUGUGAAUCAAUUGAUUUCUGGAGAAACUUCAUUCUCAAAAUAUAUGAUUAUCUUAAUCCUCCAUUUAAACCUGGGGAUACAGAUAUAUUUAAAAUGGAUUGGAUUGAAAUUAAAUCUUUAUUAAAAGUUGGUUCAAAAUUAUUUGGUAAUAACAAAGUUUAUCUUGUCAUUGAUGAAUUCGAUGCCAUAUUUAGUUUUAAAAAAGAAAUUAUCACUGAAAUCUUGUCUGAAUUCAGAUCAUGGAAAACUUCUGCUUUAAUAGCAAUAAAAUCUAUUACUGUAGUAGGAACAUUUGCAAUUUUAGAACUUAAAACAGAAUCAAAUGCUUCUCCUUUUAAUGCACAAAGUAAUAUAACUAUUAGUCAAUCCAUUAUUAAAGAUACCUAUACUCUUACCAAUGGUCAUAAAGGAUUUGUAAACAUUAUUGGUGAUUUUAUAAACAUACUACUCAUCAAAAAUGGAGGAAUUGAACCAAAAGUUUGGAAUAAUAUAAUCAACAGAGAACUAUUUAGUAGAUUUAAAACAUACAAAACAAUUGAUAGAAUGAUAAAUAGUGUAAUUAAGUGUAAAAACCAAAAUAUUAAAAAUAAUUUGCGUUUAGCUCUUUUAUCUAGUGACGGUAUUAUUUCAAAAAGUAAAGAAGCAUUACAUUUAUCACGUGAGGGUAUUUAUACACCAAAUCAUGAUGAGUAA